GAUGGGUUGGUUUGUGGUCUCUUAUCAUAGGCAUUAUCGCGAACACGUUUGUGCAAUUUGUUGGAUGUGGUGGGCUUCAAGCUACUAAAAGUUUAGGGCUUGUUUGGCUCGGCUUCUGCUUUUGCCGGAAGCUGGAUUGUUUUGAGUUCCGAGAGCUGAAGUUUUAAUUCAGAUCCUCUGAUUCUGCGGCGUAGAGAAGCUGCUCGGGGAACUUAAUAUCGGGCAUAUUUGGCCUGACUCUGCUGCGCGCAAUGGCGGAAGCUCGUCGUUCGCAAUCACGUUCUUGGCUGCAGUGUGGCAGGAAAUUGCAAAAAACAGCUCCAAACUUGGAGCUUUCCGUCACCACACUGCACUGCAGUGUGUGGCCCAGCAAUGAAGCUGGGCUGAACAGGCUCAUAGUGCUUCUUCUAAUAGCUAUCCUCAGAGACCGCGCCAUCAAACAGCACUGCAACCUAUAGCACAGCAGAACAGGCCCUAGCUGAAGGUCCUUAUGGGUAUCAAGUAUAUUCAGUAAUGGCGCGGAACUGCAUAUACCCAAAUCACUAUAAGUUAUUUGCUAAUGUAUCUUGUUGUUAUGAACCAAAAGUGGCUCUUCACUUGUCUUCUGUAUCUCAUAGACAUGGCCUUCAAAGAAUUAGGCCAAUGCACUAUUCGAAGGGUCUGCACGAAGAUCUAGUUCACGUGAAUUUCGGUUGGAGAGUUCCUUACUACAGCAGAAAAGCUUGUCGAAGAAAAUUCCAAAUAAAUGCGGAGCUUGAUAUUGCCAGUGCCGUCGAUGUAAUCAAUGAUUUAGGGUUUGAUACUCUUACAUUUCUGGCGGUGACAGUUUUUAUUGUACCUGCAUUCAAGACUAUUAGAACUAGUCCUAUACUUGGUUUCUUUUGUGCUGGUGUUGUGCUUAAUCAGUUUGGCUUUAUCAGAAAUCUCACAGAUGUUAAAAUAUUGUCAGAAUGGGGGAUACUUUUCCUGCUGUUUGAAAUGGGAUUGGAGCUUUCAUUGGCUCGCUUGAGAGCUCUUGCAAAAUAUGCCUUUGGCAUGGGAUUACCUCAGGUUCUUUUGUCUACUAUUGCUUUUACGGCAUUUGAACUUCCUCCUAAUGGUGCUGUUGGAACAAAAAUUUUGGAGUUCCUUUUUCAUUCAAGACCUGACCUGGUAAAUAUUCGUAGUGUUGAUGAAGCCAUAGUAAUUGGAGCCGCUCUUUCGUUAUCCUCUUCUGCUUUUGUUUUACAGCUUCUUGCAGAGAAAGGUGAGCUCCCUACCCGAUUUGGUUCCGCUACUCUGGGAAUUCUUCUUUUUCAGGACAUAGCUGUUGUCCCUCUACUAGUGAUACUUCCGGUGCUAGAGAAUCAGACUGCUGUUGAUAACAGUAUUUUGCCAAUGUUAGCAAGUGAGAGCUUGAAAGCUUUAGGUGGACUAGGUCUACUUUCGCUUGGAGGAAAAUACUUUCUUCGGCGCGUCUUUGAUGUUGUUGCGGAGUCGAGGAGCUCGGAAGCAUUUGUUGCUCUUUGUCUACUUACAGUUUCAGGGACUUCGCUUCUUACCCAGAAGUUGGGUUUUAGUGACACGCUAGGAGCAUUUCUCGCUGGAGCCCUUCUUGCAGAAACAAAUUUUCGUACGCAAAUCGAAGCCGACAUAAGGCCCUUCAGAGGGUUAUUGCUAGGAUUAUUUUUUGUGACAACAGGGACAUCUAUUGAUAUGCAGCUUCUUUUCCGCGAGUGGCCAAAUGUUCUAUCGCUCUUGGGAGGUCUGAUUGUAAUUAAGACAUUGAUAAUAACUGCAAUUGGUCCACGCGUUGGAUUAACUUUACAAGAAAGUAUAAGGAUUGGCUUACUUCUUUCUCAAGGAGGCGAGUUUGGUUUCGUGGUAUUUUCUUUAGCAAACAGGCUUGGGGUUCUGCCGCUCGAGUUGAACAAACUUCUUAUAAUAGUCGUCGUUUUGUCAAUGGCAUUAACUCCUUUACUCAACGAAAUCGGAAAGAAAGCUGCUGAAAUUAUUGAUGAGAAGUUUCAAGUAAAAGAAAAAGCGGCUGAGAUGGUGAGCUUUGAUGCAACUGAACCUGUGGUCAUUCUUGGAUUUGGGCAAGUGGGACAGGUUCUUGCCAAUUUUCUAUCUACUCCAUUAGCUUCUGGACUGGACGGUGAUAAUGCAGGAUGGCCUUACGUUGCCUUUGAUCUAAAUCCUGGUGUAGUAAAGGCAGCUCGAAAAUCGGGGUUUUCGAUACUAUAUGGAGAUGGAUCACGGCCAGCUGUUCUGCAGUCGGCGGGUAUAUCUUCUCCUAAAGCUGUCUUGAUAAUGUAUACUGGAAGAGAGAAGACAAUUGAGGCAGUUCAAAGAAUACGGCUUGCUUUUCCUGGGGUUCCCAUAUAUGCGAGAGCUCAAGAUCUUGCCCAUCUUCUAGAUCUAAAGAAAGCAGGUGCAACAGAAGCCAUUCUCGCAAAUGCAGAGACUAGCUUGCAAUUAGGCUCAAUGCUGUUGAAGGGGCUCGGCGUCAUGUCCGAUGAUGUGACUUUCUUGAGUAAGCUUGUGAGAGACUCAAUGGAGAUACAAGCUCAAGAGGCACUUGAGAGAGUUGAAGACCGAGAAUCUGAUGUCAUGAAGCCAUUGCAGGUUAGAGUGACUGACUUGGUUCAAGCUAACGAAAGGAAAUCACAAAUGUUACCUAAGGAGCAAUCUUUGAGCCUAAACCGCCCCAAUAUACCUAUCAUUGGUGCCUCUGGACACAUUCAAUCAUCUGUUGUCAGGGGAGAAGAUGCCGAAAUUGGAACUGAUACUCCACACACAUCUGAGAGUGUAGAACCUGACGAUGGUGUUAAAUACUGCCUUUUGGAUGUUGAGAAUGAGUUCUCGAGUAAAAAGGAGGAUGAGUUCUCGAGUAAAAGCUAGGAUGAAAAGGAUCAGUCACUGCAUUGUACAAGUUCAACUGAAGGGUAAGGUUCAUUUUCUCUAUUCAGGGUAAUUUCCAGCGUGCAAAUUAACAGCAAAUUCGGAAUAACUGCUUGAGGUUCGUUCUCUCCACUUCCCUUUUUUUAAUGUUUUGAAGGAAAUAGGAGAAAUCAUACAGAGAUCUUAAUUUUGGCGAUUGUGAGGACCUUGUCAAUCGUUAUCAUUAAUUCCUUGGUUGCUUAAUGACCAUAAAGCAUUUGAGCAUUUGAAUCAUGUAUCUUUUGAAAUUGGCAUACCCCCGCCAAAAUUCCUCGUGUAAAUGGAAAGUUGUAAAAGUACAAGCUGUGCAGUUUUUAUGUCGUCUAUUGUGGAUAGCAUUUCUAACAAUGUAAAGAUGAUCUUGUAAAGAUUGUACAAUUGGGUAUCUUAACCAUGUUUCCUGCACAAUGUUAAGACUUGUAGGGACAUUGAUUUCUGUA